CUCUGAUGUGAACUCAAACAUCAGAAUGGGGAAAGAUGUUAUCUCAGUGACUGUAGAAUGGUUGUUGUUGCCAGAUGGGCUGGUUUGAUUAUUUCGGAAACUGCUGAUCUCCUGGGAUUUCACACAUAACACAUCUAGAGUUUACACAGAAUGGUGCAAAUAAAAAAGCCCAAAAACAUCCAGCUAGCAGCAGUUCUGUGAGUGGAAAUGCCUUGUUGAUGAGAGAGGUUAGAGGAGAAUUGCCAGACAGGUUCAAGCUGACUGGAAGUCUACAGUAACUCAAAUAACAACUCUUUACAGCCAUGCUGCAAAAAUGGCAAUGAGUAGCAUCCUGAACACUGAUGACAUUAAGAAGGCCCUGGAUGCAUUCAAAGCUGCUGACUCAUUCGACCAUAAGAAGUUCUUCGAGAUGGUGGGGCUGAAGGGAAAAUCGUCCGAUGAUGUGAAGAAGGCCUUCCAUGUACUGGACGCUGACAACAGCGGCUUUAUAGAGGAAGAGGAGCUAAAAUUUGUGCUGAAGGGCUUCGCUACCAAUGGAAGAGAUCUGACUGAUAAAGAAACCAAAGCCUUCUUAAAGGCAGCUGAUAAAGAUGGAGACGGCAAGAUUGGAGUGGAAGAGUUUGUUGCUCUUGUCCAUGAGUAAGCAACACUGUCCAGGCCAUCCCAUGCCCUAAUGACUCCUGACACACACUCCCAAUACACACACAUACACACACACACACACACACACACACACCCUGUACAUUUUCACUCACCUCCUACAAUCAUGCUAUUUAUUUUUUUCCUUUUUUUUAUACAAAUGUGUGUUUGUGUUAGUGUACAGGUGAAGAGGUGUAAACCUUCAUCUUGGAAGUAUGUACAGUAGAUACUUUAAGAGGAAUAGCCCACUCCCUUCAUCUGUAUUAUUCUGCAUUCCUUUCUCUCUUUCCCUUCUCCCUUUAUCAUUUGAUCAAUUGUUCUUUCCUCCACUCCUUGGCAUUGCUUUGCCCUUGUCCUGUCUCCAUCUCUCCCUCUCUUCAGAGCUGUUGUGAAAUACACCAAAUGAAGCAGGUCAAACUGUGAAAGAAAAAAAAUAAAACAAGACAAUAUGCCUCGAGG